AUGGAAAAACUGUUCAACUGCGAAAUUUUAGACAGACCUGCGCAUUGCAGAUGGGUAAAGGAAGAAGAAGACCGUUGGGGCGCUGCGGAGGGGGAGGGCACAGCAGAUGGACAAAGUCUGGCGCUCCACAACAUUCUAGACUACACUGAACUGUACAGAAAAUACAAAGAAAAAAAUGCAGCCAAGUGGGUUAACAAGCUGCCUGUGUCUCCAUACAGAUAUCCCCCCAAUUUGAAAAAUGCCAAUUUUGAUGAAAUAAAAACGGAGUACAUAUAUGACCAAAUAAAUGCGCACUUUGCUGGGGGGAAACUUGGCGAAGCAGUGACAGACGGAACGGAAAAUAACCAAAACUGCUACGAAGGGGAUUUUAAAAUUUGGAUUCCUCAAAAUGAACAACAGGGACAAAAACAAGCGACGGAAAAAAAAACUCUGCGGAAAAAAAUAUACGACGGAGAAGUCAUGUUCUAUGAAGAUUACGUGGAACAGCAAGCAGCGAAGGAUUACGAGCGAUUUUUUAAAAAGCCCUACCAAGUGAAAAAAAAAGACGAAGGAGGUAAGUACUACCUUUACGGGAAAAAAUUAGACAUGAACGAGCAUGAAGAUAUAUACAGAAAGUACUACAACUUGGAUGAUGAAUUCUUCAUCAAACGGAUGCAACUGAAUGAGCAGAUAAAUAAAAAAAAAGAAAAAAAUGUGGAAGAAGAAGAGAAAAAAGAGGAAGAAGAAAAAAAAAAAUUCCAAAAGGAAUAUGCAAAAUUAAGUUUUAAAGAUCAAAACUUUAUAGUAAAAUUAAAAGAAGAAAAUAAUUUGGAAAGUUAUUUAAGUACUUACAAAUUUUACAAAAAAAAUAAAAAUAUCUUUGAAAAAGAUUUGCCCGAAUUUAAGAAAAAAGAAUUAUUGUUUGGGCAAAUUCCUGAUAUUAUUUUACCUGCCAACGUUCGGAAAACAAAACACCCAAAAAAUUGUUUAGUCCCUCUGAGUAGCCUACACACGUAUGCAAAUUUUAUUGACGACCUUUUCAAAUGCCCCUACAUUUACAUCGCCAUCGAUGCAGAACUGGGGAAGUACUGGAAAACAAAUGAAAAUGAAGUUAUGAAUAAUAUCAAAUCGGAGAAAAUAAAAAAAGGCUACAAGAAGGACAUUUAUUCAGUGACCAAGGAGCAGCUAGAAAGUUCCAGUGCCAAAUUGAAAAAUUUACUGAACAAUGGGGAGGAAGGAAAAAAAGCGGCCAAUUUUACUAUUAACUUUAAGAUACCAAAGAAGGAAAAUAAAACGAAAACGGUGUGCAACGGGAGGUACGUCGUGUAG